GGAGCAGCCGCGGCCGCAGCGCCUUCUCUUUAUAAGCCCGCAGUGCCCGGAUGUGAAUGGAUUACAAUGUAUCUUUCAGGGAAACCUAUUAUUAUCAAUGUGACUCCACGGGGGAGUCAAUGGUGAUGAGGAGGAGGAGGAGGAGGAUGAGGAGACACCUCUAAACUUGGAGCAAGUUUAAGACUUUGUAAGAGGAGAAGAAAAAACACCCACCAACAAGAUUUGUUUGAGGAACAAUUAUAACUAUCCAGUGUUGAUUUUUUUUUUUGGUAAACAAUAAGAAAAAGUUGUUGGAUUUUUUUUUAAUGUUUUCUUUUUUGGGGGAGGGCAUUUUGUUGCAGUUUUAUGGUGGAAAAUGCAAAACCCAGAACCCAGUGCAUAAUCUUGUAAUCUGUGGAUAUCCCUGGAGCAGAACUGAGUACCACUUAAAGUACUUUUUGGGGGAUACACAUGUGAAAUACUAAAUACUUGCAGAAGAUUUUUUUGUCUGUCUUUUAAAAGUUUUUUUUUUUUUCCCUUGGAAUAUUGUGAACUUAUUUGUGGCCAUUUAAGAUGUUUUCACCUCCUGUAAGCAGUGGCAAAAAUGGACCAACUUCUUUGGCGAGUGGACAUUUUACUGGCUCAAACGUAGAAGACAGAAGUAGCUCAGGAUCCUGGGGGAAUGGAGGCCAUCCAAGCCCGUCCAGGAACUAUGGAGAUGGGACUCCCUAUGACCACAUGACCAGCAGGGACCUUGGAUCACAUGACAAUCUGUCUCCACCUUUUGUCAAUUCCAGGAUACAAAGUAAAACGGAAAGGGGCUCCUACUCAUCUUAUGGGAGAGAAUCAAACUUACAGGGUUGCCACCAGCAAAGUCUCCUUGGAGGUGACAUGGAUAUGGGCAACCCAGGAACCCUUUCCCCCACCAAGCCUGGCUCCCAGUACUAUCAGUAUUCUAGCAAUAACCCCCGCAGAAGGCCUCUUCCCGGUACUGCCAUGGAGGUACAGACAAAGAAAGUUCGAAAAGUUCCUCCAGGUUUGCCGUCUUCAGUCUACGCCCCAUCAGCCAGCACUGCCGACUACAAUAGGGACUCGCCAGGCUACCCUUCCUCAAAACCAGCAGCCAGCACUUUCCCUAGCUCCUUCUUCAUGCAAGAUGGCCAUCACAGCAGUGACCCUUGGAGCUCCUCCAGUGGGAUGAAUCAGCCUGGCUACGGAGGAAUGUUGGGCAACUCUCAUAUUCCCCAGUCUAGCAGCUACUGUAGCCUGCACCCACAUGAACGUUUGAGCUACCCAUCACACUCCUCAGCAGACAUCAAUUCCAGUCUUCCUCCGAUGUCCACUUUCCAUCGUAGUGGUACAAACCAUUACAGCACCUCUUCCUGCACACCUCCCGCCAACGGAACAGACAGUAUAAUGGCAAACAGAGGAAGCGGGGCAGCAGGCAGCUCCCAGACUGGAGAUGCCCUGGGGAAAGCACUUGCUUCGAUCUAUUCUCCAGAUCACACUAACAACAGCUUCUCCUCAAACCCUUCGACUCCUGUUGGCUCUCCACCUUCACUCUCAGCAGGCACGGCUGUGUGGUCCAGAAACGGAGGACAGGCCUCCUCCUCUCCCAACUACGAGGGACCCUUACACUCUUUGCAAAGCCGAAUUGAAGAUCGUUUGGAAAGACUGGAUGAUGCUAUUCACGUUCUCCGGAAUCAUGCAGUGGGCCCAUCCACAGCUAUGCCCGGUGGUCAUGGGGACAUGCAUGGAAUCAUCGGACCUUCUCAUAAUGGAGCCAUGGGUGGUCUGGGCUCAGGGUAUGGAACCGGCCUUCUGUCAGCCAACAGACAUUCGCUCAUGGUUGGGGCCCACCGUGAGGACGGCGUGGCCCUGAGAGGCAGCCAUUCCCUUCUGCCAAAUCAGGUUCCGGUUCCUCAGCUUCCUGUCCAGUCUGCAACUUCCCCUGACUUGAACCCACCCCAGGAUCCGUACAGAGGCAUGCCACCGGGACUGCAGGGGCAGAGCGUCUCCUCCGGCAGCUCUGAGAUCAAGUCUGAUGACGAGGGUGAUGAGAACCUGCAGGACGCCAAGUCUUCCGAGGACAAGAAACUGGAUGACGACAAGAAGGAUAUCAAAUCAAUUACUAGGUCAAGAUCUAGCAAUAAUGACGAUGAGGACCUGACCCCUGAGCAGAAGGCUGAGCGUGAGAAGGAGCGGAGGAUGGCCAACAACGCCCGCGAGCGCCUGCGCGUGCGCGACAUCAAUGAGGCGUUCAAGGAGCUGGGCCGCAUGGUGCAGCUGCACCUCAAGAGUGACAAGCCACAGACCAAGCUCCUGAUCCUGCACCAGGCCGUGGCCGUCAUCCUCAGCCUGGAGCAGCAAGUCCGAGAAAGGAACCUCAAUCCGAAAGCAGCCUGUCUGAAAAGAAGGGAGGAAGAGAAGGUGUCCUCGGAGCCGCCGCCCCUCUCCUUGGCCGGCCCCCACCCUGCGAUGGGAGACGCUUCCAAUCACAUGGGACAGAUGUAAAAGGGUCCAAGUUGCCACAUUGCUUCAUUAAAACAAGAGACCACUUCCUUAACAGCUGUAUUAUCUUAAACCCACAUAAACACUUCUCCUUAACCCCUUUUUUUGUAAUAUAAGACAAGUCUGAGUAGUUACGAAUCGCAGACGCAAGAGGUUUCAGCAUUCCCAAUUAUCAAAAAACAGAAAA